AGACCAUGUUGAGUUACUCUCAGCAAUAUUCUAGUUUUGACAGUAGCAUAGAAAAAUUCUUUACGAGUCUUUGUCAAAUUUUCCUGCAAACGCAUAUAAUUUUAUUUGCUUUAGCUGCACAGCGCAGCAAAAGAUAAGACGGACAUCGCCUCGUCUGUCUGAACACUCUCCGCAGAAGAUUUGGCACUUCGUCUUGUUGCGAAAACUUGCACUUCAACAGUCCGCGCAGGCGCUCAAGCACUCAGCACAUUGGAUUUCCAAGACCUCUGUCUCCACCUGCAAUGGUAUGCCAAGGGUGGCGACUGUUGCUGUGCCGAUGUCCACCUCGAGUAAUUUAUUAGUCUUGGUUGGUUUCGAAGACGUUCACGUUGCCGUUCCACGAACUUGAAGACGAUGUCGGCGAUCCGCUACGAUGGUAGGUUGAGCUAGCAGCGUCAUUGGCUUGAUUGUCCCAUCUCUGCUCGAUGUCGCUGUACCAAACUUCGUUGUGCAUUGCAAAAAUGUCUGGGUCUGGAAGAUUGCUGAGGUUUGUGAUGCUGUGUCUGCUUGACACGGAAGGUGUGCCAUGCAAAGCCUAGCAUCACAGGUUUUGAGAUGGUUUCCCAAUGCUUAAUCCACAUGACAAACACCUUCUUUCGGCGACAGGAAAAGGAGCUCCCUUUGCUGUCUAAGCAUGACAGUUUUUUGUGUGAUUCAAGUACGCAUCACAAGUUCGCAUCCUUCCAGACCCAGACAUUUUUGCAUUUGAUAUUCGUCCGUUGGCAACAAUGGAGAUCCCCCGGGCGGUUUAUGAAAGGCGACGCAGGGUCGUUGAUCCUCUUUCCAUUUUGUCCUCAUGGUCCCGACAACUUCAGCAUGACUAGGCGCAUGCUUGCCGACGACCUGCAUGAUUGCAAAACAGGGACUUCUUUCGAAAGCGCAAUGGUUAAACAUAUUGCCGAAACUUCUUUUAUAAAACUACACGUCUGUAUAUACAUUCUUUCAUUGCAAAUGGCGACGAGGAUCGGGGUCGAUUUGCGUUGCAUAACGUUCCGCCUCAGACGUGCGAGUCGUGGUGCGCAUACGCCCGCCAUCGCACCUUGGGUCGCUCGGGUUGCAGCCCGGCUACACCCAGACCCCGUCUGGUAGCGUGCAGUCGCAGGAGAGCGUUUGCUUUUUCGCGCAAGAAGACAACAAGCUGGCGUACAAAAUUGACCCCUAUGGGGUCAGUCCGCUUUGCGAGGAGGCCCAGUUUUAUGCAAGAGAGAAACAUUUUAGUUUUUUCUUUUUGGAAGAAUUACAAAUCCACUGUCUAGCAUCACAGCAAAAACCUGUCACGCGCAGAUACUAGUACGUGAGAACGCGCUUGAAUGGACCCUACAACGCAUGAUCACCAGCAAGACAGACGCAGCCAUCUUGCAUGUUGCCCGACAUCAUCGAACACUCAAAUUGUUUUUUUCUUGGAUAAGUUUGACCACGUACUGGACUUCAGUUGCAAGAACGAGGAGAUGUACGAGCAGCUGAAGCUGAACGACUGCGUGACCUCCUGCAUGCAGGGGUUCGCCGAGACCAUCUUUGCCUACGGGCAGACGGGGAGCGGCAAGAGCUACACCAUCCUGGGUCAUCUGGGUGGUGGAGGCGGUGCGGCGGGAGCUUCGACCUCGGCCGCGGGAGAAGUAGCGGAGUACGACUUCAGCAAGGAUUUUCUGCUCAACUCGAAUUCCUCCAACGCGGACGCCGGAAUCCUGCCACGCUGCACGAAAACGCUGUUCGAGAAGCUGGCGGCGCUGACGGACGGACGGCGCCGCACGGUGCAACUGACCGCCGUGGAAGUGAAGGACAGCCAGGUGACCGACCUCCUGGAGCUCGGUGGCGGCUCGUCAGGUAGCAUCGGCGCGAACCUGCGCACGCCCCGCCAUAUCAACUGUAAAAAUGUCUGGGUCUGGAAGAUUUUGAGAUUUGUCAUGCACGUUUUGCAUGAGCCAUGAUGUCUGUGAUGCGUACCCUAGCAAUACAGAUUUUCUGAGGGCUUCUUGAUGCCUCUUCCGCAUGACAAAUGCCUUCUCGGCGUAGCAAAAAUUGCAUUCCCGUUGGUACUCAUGCAAUACAGAUUUUUUUGGAAUCCAAAUGCAGCAUCACAAGUUGCAUUCUUCCAGACCCAGACACUUUUACAUUUGAUACGCCAGGUCGGUGCGCAAAUGUCCACGUUGGACUACGACCGCGUGCCGGUGAAAGGGAUAUCAAAUGCAAAAAUGUCUGGGUCUGGAAACUUGUGAUGCAUGUCAGUGAACAGAAAGCGCCUUGUAAUGCACCGCCAAGCAUGACAGAUUUUCUCGUGGCUCUCUGUUGCGUAUUCCGCAUGAGAAACAUCGUUUCUUGCUGGACAUUACCAACAUUUGCCCACGCAGAGCCGUCCUCUUGCCGGACACAGCCAACAUCUGUCCGAAACAGCCUAGGGCCAAGACGACGCCGUGAGGACGACCACAGGGGGUCCGUCUCAAUGAUGAUGAUGAUGAUGACGGACAAGAGGAGGUCUUCGUGGCCACGCAAUACAGAGUUCAGAGUCAUGCCAAACUAGCAUGAGAAAUCUCGAAAUCUUCCAGACCCAGACAUUUUUGCAAUCCAUAAGGGAAGCUCUCCUACUACCGGAAAGCCACGGUGUGGAGCGUAUCCAAGUGGACACUUGCUGAUCUUCGAUAAAGGUUGCCGCCAACAACAUUGUCUUAUUUUAGAGUUGUAUUUUCUACAGUUAAAAAGCCGGGCGCUGAAUACAUCGUCGAAACAAUGAAAAGAUAUUAUGGAUUCAUUGUCUGCAUUCUUUCGACUUGCGCCGCGACGCUUUACCUCCUCUCUAACAAAUUUUGCCGUACGCUAGUAAUCAGACGAAUGGCGUUGGUGGAACAGUUCUACGAUAUUGCAUCAAAAGCAUGAAGCAAUUAUGUAUGUUGAGUCUUAAGUGUUUUCGGAUUCAUAAACGUACGAGGAGACAAUGCGGCACUUGCGCUACGCGAUCGAUUCCCGUGAGGUGGGUACCAGCAGUCUCAAUUCCGAGUAUAGUAACUGUCUGCUUCAGCGUCUCGGCUCUAUCGUCGAUCUGAUAAGAAUCUAAAUCGCGUAUAGAGAAGUUCACAUUUAGAUUCGCUAUGCUUGUUGCCGGUUCUGUUUUUCUCUAGUACUGGUGCGGGUCUACAAGAAGUCCCCCUGAAGAAUUUUUGCACUCUCAUCUUCUUACAGGUCCUCGCGAUCGCACAUGGUAAUCCGAUUCUUCGUGAAGUCGUAUUUGCCGGACGGCGUGACCUGUGGCACCUUGACGCUGGUGGACUUGGCGGGGUCCGAAAAGGAGCACGAAAACCCGACCAGGUCCGGGCAAACGGAGGCCAGCGGCAUCAACGUCUCGCUGACGCACCUGAACCGGCUGCUAGUCAAGAUGCAGUUCAACCAGCUGGAUGUAUCAGAGUGAAAAAAGCCCCCACCCCAUAUCGGAAACGGAAGAUGCGCGAAUUUGUGAUGCUGUAUUUGAGUACACAAAUCGACUUGUAUUGCUAGAAGGCCAAGAGACGAAGCUGCGGCAUAAAUUGCAGGUAAUCUGUCACGCUGUUUCCCAAUUCCAGUUGCCUCCUGUCAUCCUGGAGCAGCAAGGCUCUCCCACGCUGGGCAGCACUACAGUCCGCAUAUUUUACCUUCUAGCAUCACAAAGCUGAUUUGUGACCACAAAUCUGCAUCGCAGCUUUCCGCUUUGAUAUGGGGAAGGGGCAUUUUUCAUUGUAAUAGGAUGACAGCGACAAAAGGCAGUCGACCCUGAACAUGGUGCUGUUCGACUCGCUCAAGGAAGACUGCGGCGUUAUGGCCCGCGAUCAGGUGCUACAAUCUCAAGAACCGUUGCAACGAACGCGGAAAGGGAAAUUUGUGAUGCCAAACCCGCUUGAUCUUCAAGACAGGCACCGCAGCUCUUCGUGUAGCAUGAUGGCAGAUUUGGUGGACUAGAAUCUGGUGCUCCUUCGUGGUUCCGAAAUUUCUCAGUAUGAGGAUAGCUGAGCGGCCUUCCCGGCAUUUCAUGCAACAGAAAUGAUCCUCGAAAGAUUGCGACAUAAAGUUGAGGUUGUACCACCUGAGCGGGGGAUAGGCGUGACUAUGGUCUUCUGCAUCCAUCCCGACCGCAGCACGUACCAGGCCUCCAAAACUUCGCUGCAGAUGGCGCAGAGAUGCAAGAAAAUACAGAGAAAAAAACGCAUCCGCAGGCUGGUGAGGGUUCUUAUUUACCUUUUAUCUUUGUGAUAGAUGAAGAUAUAAAAAGACGAGAGCUGCACCUGCACCAGAUGCAAUACUCAACACCUCGAUCAUAAUAUUUUCACAAUCAGCCGACCACGAUGCGUUUUGAAAAAAAAAAAAGCGCUUCUUCUACACUUGAAGGUGAGCAGCUCCAGCGGGAAUGGCGGGUCCGCUUUGAUUUCGGAAAUGGACCAAAAGAUUGCGGAACUCCGGCAGUCAGAGAUACAGGAAACGCUAUGAAAUGUAAAAAUGUCUGGGUCUGGAAGAGGAGAAGUUUGUCAUGCACAUUUUCCAUGAUCCAUGAUAUCUGUGUUGUAUGCCAUAGCAUCACAGAUUUUUUGAGCGCCCAGCGACGCGCAUCCUGCAUAACAAAUUCCCUCUCUGCGUAGCCAAAUUUGACUCCUCUUGCUGCUCAUGCAAUACAAAUCUUUUUAGCAUUGAAAUGCAGCAUCACAAGCUGCAUUCUUCCAGACCCAGACAUUUUUGCAGUUCAUAAACGCAGCAACUGCGCAAAAAGCAGGUUUUUCUCGAGAAGGAGCGGUCGGAGUAUCAAAUGUAAAAAUGUCUGGGUCUGGAAACUUGUGAUGCUAAAAUGUGCAUGAUGAAAACAUUUCCGAAUGCAGUCCGGCAUGACAACUUCUCAAAACGCUUGCUCAUAGGCAAUCCGCAUGAGAAAUUGCGUUUUUGCAUGACAAAAGAGACUGCGACUUGUGUUGGUUAUGCAAUACAGAUUUUCUAGGUAUGGAAAGCUAGCAUUACAAGUCCCAACCUUCCAGACUCAGAGAUUUUUACAAUCCAUAUGGAGGACCGGAUGCUGAUUGACUCGCUCGAGCGAAAAAACAUCUGCCUGCAGCAGAUGGUCGAGGAGCACGCGCAAAUCAAGACGCACUUGAUCGAGAAGGCGGAGCAGAUGAAAAUCGACUACGAAAAACGCAUCCGCGAGAUGGAGCAGGAGCUGGCAGUGUGUAAAACCGAGCUUCGGGAGUACAAAAAUGGUGUUCCACCCGGCGGGUCAAUUUUUACGAACAACAUCAACAACCCGGCUUCUACUUCAAAAACAUCUCACCUUCUUGCGGCAAAUCCAAAAGGAGGUGGCCUCCACAGGGGUGCGACACGUACCCGCGAGGAUGUUGAACCAGAUCUGUGUACUAGUGGUUCUACUCCAAAAGACGAGCAAGAUCCUGUUGUUGUUGACGAAAAGAAUCCCAUUAAGCUGCCGUCCGCCAGCCAGAGUUCCUCGAAGUUGAGCACCAAGUCCGGCACAGAGAAGUCCAGUACCAGUUCAGUCGAACAAGGGGCGUUUUCGGGUGGAAGAUCGGCAGCAACGGGCGCCGCCACCGCGGGCGGUAGGAGCGGCAGCUACAACUACAACAUUCAACAACAAGACCAGGGCGCGACGUUUGCGCCCCUUUCUCGUCGCAGCGGGGCAGCAGGAGCAAGCGGUAGUAGAGAAGGAGGCACUAGUAGUGCCAGUGGUAAUGCGUAUAAUCCAGGAGGAGCACCAUCCGAAAUGAUUUCGAACGGUAAUUUCGCAGCGACGUAUUCGAGCGUGCUUGCGGGAAUGCAGAGAUCCCUCGGCAACGAGACGGUGCAGCUGCAAGGAUUGCGAGCACUCCUAAAACUAGUGUCCGCGUCUCCGGGGGCGAAUGCUGGAAUUGACAGCAGCAGCAGCAGCAGUGGUUCUACUACGGGUCAUGAUGCCGGUGAACGCGAUCUGCAAGAUCGUCAUGGUGUUCCUACGAGAAAAGGUGGUCCUGUUGAGGCAAUCAAAACGAGGUCUGCGUGCGCGGAACUGCUGAAUGCAGAGUACGGGUUGUCGGUACACCAGGAUGACGAGGAGCAAAACGGGUUUUUCCCGAGUAGUACAUCCGACGGCUUCUACCUGGCUGAAUACAACGCGGGGACAAGCGCCGGCGCCACUGCGUCGGGCGGUACCACGUCCUCGCGAGCACGGCAGCAGGCUGCGGGGGGAAGCACUAUUGUUAAACCGAUGCAAGAGACGGACACGGUGAUGCAAGUGAUCCAUACCACCAUCCAAGCGCUUCGCUGUUUCCCGUUGGUCGCGAAGAUCCAGCGCGACGUAUCCUAUUUAAAAACGUCCCCACCCCAUAGUUGUAAUGCAAAUCUGCAUGUUGAAAAUGUUUCUCAUGCGGAGCCCCAUGAGAAGCAUUUUCCAAUCGUGUUUCGCAAUUUGUCAUGCUCCAAUCAGCAUGGUAUGCUAGAUCUGUAAUGCUGCUGAGCUAGCUCAAACAGCACUACACUACGAAUCCAAAUUUGUCAUGCAAAACAGCCAAAACUUGUGGAUUUGUCUAGCCGAUUCCCCAUCUUGACUAUGGUGUGGGGACGUUUUUACUCAGGAUACGACGGUGCGCUGCUGCUCGCGGAGAUCUGCAGCAGCGCGCGCGGCACGUGGGAGGGGGUGGAGGUGGAGCUGCACGGGAAAACCGCUGUUAUUUCCAGUCCCAAAGUGCUGAUUUUACAAGAGGUUGAGCGCACGAUUUUGCCCAUGUUCGACAAGAAAGAGCUGUUUGGCAAUGGUGGAGGGGUACUAGCGAACCUUCCGAUACCAGAAAAUCAGAACUGGGCGAGCAGCGGUAACCUACAAAACGGGGGUUCCGCGUCCUUGGCUUCUUCCUUCUCCUCGCAGUACCAGCAGGUGUGCGUUGCCGCGAGCCGGUUACUGGCGGUGCUGGGCCAGCGGGAACCGGAGCUGCAGACCGAGAUCGGCCAGCUCGGGGCGAUCGAGAAAAUUGUGGGGGCCAUGAUGCUUUUCGAUCGGGAACAACAAGAAGAAGGAAAUAUUUUGUCGCAGCAGAAGCUGGACCUGAUUGUGCACGGUUGUUGGAGUUUGAUGAAUUUGUGCAACAAACAUGCGGAGAACCAAGCUGUUUUCCGGGAGCUUGGCGGCAUCGAUAUCCUGUUGCACCUCGUUGCCGAAGUUUCCGAGUUUCUUGCCGCGGAGCUCUCUGGCGGAAGAAGUGGUGGCGUGGACCGUACUGUGAAAAGGCACAAAGACGGUGAGGUGGUCAAGCAUGACCAACAGGACCACAACCACAUCACGCUUGACGAAGACGAUGUUUUGCUGCAGUGCAAAAAUGCCGGUGCCUACUUGUCCGGAUGUAUCGCUUCGGUGGUGGAGUCGUGUGCCGAAAACCAAGCGGAGUUUUUCCGCUCAGAAGGGAUGGAGCAUCUGGUAAAAGGGAAUAUAGAGUCCUUUAAUUCAGCGUGUUGAAAUAAUAGUUGGCUUUCAGCCAAGUGCAGUACUAAAUAAAGAAUUCGAAUGCAGGAGCAAGGCAGUACCACUACUAGCCUUCGUACAGUUCGUGACAUAGCAAAAGGUAUGGAAUCUCCAACAGUCAAGUUUCACAUCCAAACUUGUCCAGGUGACGCUCCUCUCUUGUGGGCUCGACUCCGCCGGUAUUGUUAGCAACGUCUGCAUUGCGAUUGCGCACGCUUGUCACAAGAACAAAAACGCGAACCCGCAGCACCAGACGCCGCUGUUCAAGCUCGUGCUGGAAGCCUUGAAAAGUUUCCAUCCCGAACAUGGUGCUGUUGUGGGGAACGCCUGCCGGUGCGUGGCAACCUUGACGGAAUCUUCUUUCGCACUGGGCAACGCCGCCAGUCCGUCGCCAACCAGAGGAGGUCCUCUAGCGAAUUCGCAUGGCAAACCGGGUGCGAGCAGAACCAGUGAGCAGGCAGAGAGCGCGGAACUACUGACAAAUGUGUUUCCGGAAUUGAUCUUUACCCUGAUCAAGAUCAUGAAGCGAUUUUCCCACGACACAACCCUCAAUACCACGAUCUUCUGGGCACUGGGAAACUUGGUCUGCAAGACACAGAAAAGUUUGAUGUCAGCGCCUUCUGCAUCUUCCGCUUCCGCGAGAAUGUUCAAGCAAGCCCCGGUUUACAUCCAGGAGCCUGACCUCGCCUACUUCGCGAGUCUGUUGCAAAAGGUCUGCCACAAGCGGGAGCAGCAAGAAGGACCGAACCUGAAUCAGCAACAGGGCGAUUCUCGAAACAAGGAAACUGGUGCAAUCAAAGAGCAAGCAGGUUCAUCUUCUUCGUCGGGAGCAGGGGGUCUUGACCCAUUGCAUCAACUAGAUCGGUUUGUCGAGUACUGCUGCCGGCUUUUGUCGGAACUCACCAAAGGACCGGCCUCCUCGUCGGAGAAGUGUCCGACGGCGAUUCGCGAAACGCGGGUGCUGAUGAAGCGGAACACGGAAUUUGUGCAGCUGCUUGUGAAACUGCGGGAAAAGUACACGAACAGCGACAGCCCGCCGCGACCGAACUCGAAAGCGGUUUUAGUGUUGCCCAGGAUCAAGGAACUCUACCAAAACUUGACGAAGUAGGGGAAACUUAGAUGCGACAAAUUUAGAGUUUUUAACAACAGUUUUUGAAUGCGGACAACGUAUGAAUAAACAUACCACAUAGACAUACAACAAACAAUCAAGAAGGGUUGAGUAAGCUUCGACGAUGAGGCAAGUGUACCUGUCAAAGGUAUCUACUGAUAGUCCUAGAAAGGAAACUGAACCACGUGCGCGAACUCCUGAGUACGACUCAGAUCGUUAAAGGACGGUAGCACGAAAGUUACGCGUCGGAUCUAU